AUGAGAAGAGCCAAUGAAGCCAUAGUAAAAGAAAGACACCAGAUUCCAAAAGUUGAAGAAAUCCUCCCAGAGUUGCAUAAUGCAAAAUACUUUUCAAAGAUAGAUUUAAAAGAAGGGUAUCACCAACUAGAGUUAGCAGAGGAAUCAAGGCACAUAACAACAUUCCUAACACAUGAAGGUUGUUUUCAAUCAAAACGUCUUGUGUAUGGAGUCAGUUCAGCCUUUGAACAGUUUCAGAAGGCUAUUGAGCAAAGCAUUGCAGGUUGCCCAGGCACAAGGUCAAUAUCAGAUGACAUUCUGAUAUGGUCAUCGAGUAGAGAUGAAAUGGCAGAGCGUCUUGACACGCUAUUCAAAGCAUUGCAUGCCAGAAACUUAAAGAUCAAUCCAAAGAAAUGUGUAUUUGGAACAACAAAGCUCACAUUUGCAGGAUAUUGUCUAACAGACAAAGGAAUUCAUCCAGAUAAAUCCAAAGUGGAUGCAGUCAACAAUGCCAAAGUCCCAACAAAUGCAACAGAAGUAAGAAGUUUCCUAGGUCUAGUCAACUUUUGUUCACACUUUAUCAAAGACUAUGCUACACUUACGGAACCUCUGAGGAAACUCACCAGAAAGGACACUACAUUUGCAUGGAACAAGGAACAACAAGCAAGUUUCACAAAGUUAAAGGAAAGCCUUACAAAUGCAAGCACAAUGGCUUAUUACCAGCCUCAUGCAGACACAAAAGUUAUUGUAGAUGCUUCACCAGUAGGACUAGGAGCAAUCCUUACUCAAAAACAACAAGAUGGACAAUUCAAGCCAGUUGCUUAUGCAUCACAUGCAUUAAGCCCAACAGAACAAAGAUAUUCUCAGACAGAAAGAGAAGGCUUAGCCGCAUUUUGGUCAACACAGAAGUUUCAUUACUAUUUGUAUGACAGAGAAUUUACAAUAGUAACUGACCACAAACCACUUGAAAAACUAUUAUCAGCAAGAGGAAGCCCUACACCAAGAUUGCAAAGAUGGUUACUAAAAAUGCAACCAUACAAGUUCACUGUUCAAUUUGAACCAGGACACACAAAUGCAUCUGAUGUACUAUCUCGUUCACCUUUACCAGCUACAGGAGAAAAGUUAAGUGAUGAUACAGAACAUUUCAUCAACUCAAUUGUUUAUGAUGCUAUUCCUAAAUCAGUCACAAUAGAGGAAAUUCAAGAAAUGUCAAGAAAUGAUGAAAUAUUGAAAAACAUCAAAGAACAGAUCAAAUCAGAGAAAUGGUCAAAAAGUCCACAAUACAAACCAUAUUUUCUGAACCGGAAAGACCUCUGGAUCAAAGAUGAUAUUAUUUUAAAAGGCACAAAGCUAAUAAUUCCCACAGAUCUAAGACAAAGAAUACUUGCCACAGCACACCAACAUCACUUAGGCAUUGUGAAAACUAAAGGAUUACUUAGAGAAAAAGUAUGGUGGCCAGGAAUAGAUCAAGAAGUGGAAAACUUGAUAAAACAUUGCCAUGCAUGUCAAGUAACAGGAUCCAAUAAAGUCAAUUUUGAACCACUUGAGGUAACAAAGAUACCCUCAACAAAUUGGCACACAGUAGCUUUGGACAUUCAAGGACCAUAUCCAACAAAGGAUUACUUAAUAGCACUCAUAGACUACAGAUCAAGAUACCCAGUAGUUGCACAAGUCAAAAAUAUCAACACAAAGACGGUAAUCAAAGCAUUAGAUAAGAUAUUUUCUAUGUUUGGUUACGUGCACAAAUUAGUUGCUGACAAUGGAAAACAGUUCAUUUCAGACGAACUCAAACAGUACCUCAAACAACAUGGGAUAAAGCUAAGGAAUGUGACACCGUAUUCACCAUGGGUCAACGGUGAAGUUGAAAGAUUCAACAGAUCACUCAAAAAGGCAAAUCAAUGUGCACACGCAGAAGGAAAAGAUUGGAGAGAAGAGCUGAACAAGUUUCUACUUCUCUACAGAACAACCCCACAUGCAACAACAGGACAGUGCCCAGCUACAGUAUUUUUUGGACGUGGUAUCAAGAAUGACAUACCAGAAUAUGCAAAGGAUGAAUCACAAGACACAGAAUUAGAUAGGAAAGACAGAGAAAAGAAAGGAAAAAUGAAAAAUUACACAGACAUCAAAAGGAAUGCAAAAGACAGUGAAAUUCAGGAACAAGACACAGUGCUAGUAAAGAAUCUCUGGAAAAAUGACAAAUUAUCUCCAAAUUGGUUAAAUGAGAAAUUCAAAGUCAUCAAGAUCUACAGGAAAAGUGCUUUACUAGAGAAUGAAAGAGGAAACAAAUUUUACAGGAACAAAGAUCAUCUCAAGAAAUACAAUGAGAGUGAAUCAAACAGACAAGCAGUACCUCAAAAGGAAACACACACAACACAGAUGAAGAGGAAGACAUCUUAG